UCGUGAUCACCCAUUCAGCGGUGCCUGCGUCUGCUGCUGCUUUGGGGGGAAAAAAAUAAAUAAUCCGAGUGUAGCCGAGGGGGCAGCCAAGCCAAAAGUAUCCUGGAGACAGACAGACAGGUGUCGCGGAAGUUUACGCUUUGCAGAGGCGCAUCACUCCGCGCGUCUUUAUUAUUGUCAUUAUCUGGGAUAACGUGAAAGAGACUGUAACUGGCGGUCAUCCGGCUACCACUGAUCCUGUGGUUGUCUCAGCCUCGGCCCCCAGAGCAGCAGUGCCCGCGCCCCUCCUCGUCCUCCCCCCUUGGACCAGCAGUCUCAGCGUGGCGAGGCCAGGAACGAUGGGCCGGAAGCUGGACCUGUCGGGCCUGACGGACGACGAGGCCGAGCACGUGUUGAAAGUGGUCCAGCGGGACAUGAAGCUGCGAAAGAAGGAGGAGGAGAGGCUGAGUGAGAUGAAGCAGGAGCUGGCGGAGGAAGGCAGCAGAUGCUCCAUCCUCUCCAAGCAGCACCGCUUCAACGAGCACUGCUGCAUCCGCUGCUGUGCGCCCUUCACCUUCCUGCUCAACCCCAAGCGCCUGUGCCUGGACUGCCAGUACAACGUCUGCAAGACCUGCUGCACCUACGACAAGAGGGACAAAGCCUGGCUCUGCUCUGCGUGCCAGAAGGGCAGGAUUUUAAGGACGCAGUCGCUUGAAUGGUAUUACAACAACGUGAAGAGCCGCUUCAAGAGAUUCGGCAGCGCCAAGGUUUUGAAGACUCUGUACAGAAAGCACAUUAUAGAGCGAGGAGCGUUCUCUGAUCUCCCAGAAAGCAGUGUUCACGAGGGAAGCAACGGCAACGACAAUGAUGGCAGCAUCUGUGGCAGCGACUCCGCCUUCUACAAGCAGAGUGAAGGACACAGUAUGGCAGAGACGCUCACAGUCGCCCUGCGUGUUGCUGAGGAGGCGAUAGAGGAGGCCAUCGCUAAGGCGGAGGAGUUCAGUGACAGCUUGGAGAAGCAGAAUGAGGCUCGGUAUCUGCAGGACCACAAAGAGGAGCUCAUAGAGGAACUUGCCACAACAAUUGUACAAAAAAUCAUUCAGAGGAGGAAGCGUUCAGAGAUGCAGACAGAGUAUGACUUUGUCUGGCCUCAGCCUCAGUCCUUGAUCCAGCCCAGUGAACUCCCCUCUCCGUCUCAGCCUCAAGCUUCUUCACAAGGACCACAGGACCCCCUUAAGACCUCCUACUCUCUCUGGCGUUCCCGGUCAGCGUUCUCUCUCACCAGUGACGACUCCCCGGAGAAGGGUCCAGAGGAGGAGGGCGCCGGAGCGGGCUGUGGCUUGCAGGAUUACACUUCUCUGAAGAGAGAGGGCAAGGCCACGUUGUUACCCAGCUGGAAGAGCGUCGACCGCCUGGACAACUCCAGUGCAUCCUCGGUGCUCCAGAGCCCAGACGGUAACUGGAUCGCUCUACACAGCUCGCAGCUGUCUCGGCCCAGUCUGCUAACCAAGAGGAAGAGCCUGGUGUUCAGCGUGCUGGAAAAGGAGUCCGGCGUCGUGUCGGCUUACGACGAGAUGGGAUCCGACUCCGAGGAGAACGACGAAGGCGGCUGGGGUGCGGCGCUGCGUCAGUUCCGACGCAAGCUGUCAGAUGAGACUUAUUACACGGACUCGCAGCACGACCCGGAGUGGACGUACACCCAGCACCUUCCCAUUACCUCACCGUCCUCUGGCCAGUACACCAACACAGAGACUCUCAACUCCGACUCAGAGGCCUCAUCGGUGCUGUCCGCAUGUCCUCGCAAACCGCCUCACAACCUGCUGAGGAAGAAAGGACCGCCGGACACGCACCUGCACCCCCAUCACCAGCCGCUCUACCACCAACACCUUCACCAGAACUUCUCUCCGUAUGCGCUCCACUCAGAGGCACUGGAUGUCAACUUUAACCCCAAGGUGAUGGGAGACAGCAGCGAGGCAGAGGAGAGGCAGAGUGACCCGAUCAGAAGAUCUCGGCGACGCAGGAAAAGCAAGAAAGAGUCGUCAACAGAGCAGAGCAAACCUGGAGGCCAGAGCCACACGCAGUCCAUCUACCCAUUAGUACAGGAGAACAGUGGUUUUCUACUCAAUGCCAUUCUAAAGAGGGGUUUAGGUGAGGAACAGUCAGUACCUGACACUAUGCCAACGGCCACAGCUGCACCAGACGCCUUCAAAUCAGAUGCCAUGACACCGGAACCAGAGGUCUUGGACACGGUGGCCCCGAAUUCAGCGGCCCCCAGCCCUCCACAGCCCCACUCGCCCAGCAGCUCGGGGGCCGGGGACUCUCUGGAAGAAGAGCUGCGAUCCCGACUCAGCCAGCUGGUCAGCCGUGCCAACAGCAAAGACAGCAUCUCAUCUGAGGAGGAGGAGUGCACAAAGCGGCCCGCGGAUAAAGAAAGCAACAGACAGAGAGAGAAGACGAUGCCAAAAGACACUGAGAGAGAAAGACAGAAGGGAUGUGACAGAUUAAGAGACAGAGAGAAAGCAAGUGAAACAGUGGAACAAGUGAACGGACAAGAGGUGAAAAGAAGUGAGAGACUAAUAAAGAGUCCUUCAGUGAGAGAGGAGGGAAGAGUUAGGGACAGGAGGUUGGAGAUAGGAGUGGAGUGUUUGGAAGAGAAAGUAGAUGACCAGGAGCAAAAGAGAGGGGAUAAGAGAGAGCCCAACAGACAAAGUAAGAGACAGCAUAAAAGAGAUGUGGAGAAAGAAACGAAACAGAAAGGAGGAGCGAGGAGGAGUGGAUCCAGCGCAAGCUCACCUGCUGUUACACCUUCUUCCCAGGAGGGGUUGCUGUCAGACAACCAGGAGGGGCAGAAUGACUUGGAGCAACAGCAGAGGCUUCAGUUGCUCUCCUCUCUCUUACAGCAGAUAAUGGAAGACAUUCAUCACAGAAGAGCUGCAAAUAUCAUUUUUCAUAAUUUUUUCAUUAAUUAAAGCCUCAAAAGGUCAGAAUGCAACACAGCCACGGGCCCAGUUGUGUUUUGUUUUGACUGGAAAAAACUGCCUCUGUGCUGUUGCUAUAGCUAUCACUUUCUUCAUCUACACGUCUAUACCAGUCCUGAAGCAGACAAAGGCAGUAAAAGUGGGUAAAUAACAAACACAAAUGAAAGGCAUCGAGUAGCAGCAUCCUAGACAGAUGUAGUUAAAUUGUAUGAUCCAAGAAAAAUAAGUCAAAAUGUAGUACAAAAAAAGUUACUUAAAUAUUAAAAAAGCAACUUCAACAAUUUAUGUGCAAAAUUCUGACGCGCUGUCAUCAUUAUAUUAUGUUAUAUUUCUUAUUCUACGUACGUAAACAACGUAACAUAAAUACGGAAAACGCGUCACAAACUUCACUAUAUAACACUUAACUUGAAAGUCCUGUGUUUGUUGGACUCAUCUACCUACUAGCUCUGAGGAUAGCAUAUUUACACAUAUGCAUUUACAUUGCAGUCAGUGCAGACUACAUGGCGUACAAAUGAUUACCACUUAUUGCACGCUUUUGCCUUGCUUAUUAUCGUGUCAUUCAUACGCCUUUCGUGCGACCGGGCUGUCUAAGCAGGUUUUAAGAAUGUAGUGUGUUCAUACUAGAAAAGUGACUAAAUGAACUAUAAACUAUACACAAAGAUGUCAGUAUGCAUACUAAGUCUGCUUGGUUUAGCUUGAGUAUGCUGUUGAUGUACACUAUUGUAAAGCAAUGCUCUGCACAAAUAAAAUAAAUGAGCUUUUAGCUUUUUCCUUGUGAAUUUUAAUUGACAGUGACAUUCCAAAGUCACAGUUUGAAUGACAUAUUGAUAUUUCCUGUAAAAAUUGUACAUUAAUUAAUUGUAUACUAACUGCAAAAGCACGUUAAGUAUGAAAAAUUGUAUACAGCACAUGUACGUUAUUAUGGAAUUGGCUAUCCAAAAAAUCGAAAAUUUCCCACAUUUCAUCAACAGGAUAUAAAAUCUACGAUCCCUGAGGUUAAAAGCUGUGUUCCAGUAUUGAUAUUCUCACACAGUGAAUCCAAUCCUAUUGAUAAACAUAUGGUCAAAACCCACACAAAGGCAGGUCGAUAGACAUAUCAAAUACACAGGCACACGCUUGGACAGGCACUCUUGCGCUCACUUCCUGUCCUAGCGUUACGUCCGAGGCGUGUGGGUCGAUGUUGGUCAUUAGCCAGACUCAUUAUAAAGGCUCCUGUGAGUAAUGCUUGUCUUUUACAAUGUGUGUGACACGUGUAGUGUGAUCUAUUUCUGCUGGUUGUCACAGCUCCCUUUGAAACCAACCAGGACAGCUCAGUUUGGUGUGAAUAAAGGAAAAUGUGACGAUGACUGCGAUAUUUGUGGCUUUUCAGUCAAAAUCAAAUUUAUGUUUUUUUAUAAGUAGGUCCUAAAGCUGCCCCUGAUUACAGAUAUUUCCAUAUAUAUAUAUAUAACACAUAAUAUGUAGAGUAAAGUUAAAGAUCAAAAGCUACAUUGUAUCAUGUUUAAUGAGCAGUUACAAAAAGACGCCCAUCAGCAGCAACUUGAGGCAGAGAAAAAGUCUCAAGCUGAAAGGGUGAAUGAGGAUGAGGAUCCAGGAUCUGAGGGGUGAGCAGUAUGCCACCCAUCAAGAGAUGAGGGGCCUGAAACAAAGACUGGAACUGACCUCGACCAACCUCAAGCUUACCACCAAGCUCUAGACUGAGGAAGAGUUUAGUCAGGCCCUCCAGAGAGAAACUCCGCAGCUGAAGAAGCAGGAGGAGGAGCGCCUCACUGUUUUACAGGCCCUCAAACUCGUUCCAGAAGAAGAAGCUCCCAGAGAGAACAAAGAGGCACUCAGUCUGGAAAGGAGUCUGCCACUUUCUCGGUUUGAGGAAGAAGAACAAGGAGAGAUGGGACAAGAAGUCCUCAUCCACCUAAGACCUCCUACACCUCAGCGGCUCAGUACCUUCCACAUCAGCAGCUGUAUGCCUUAGGGCGGCACAGCGGCUUUCUGUGUGAAGACUUCAUGUUCCUCCCUGUGUCAGCGUGGGUUUCCUCCGAGUGCAUCGAUUCCCACACACCAAAGACAGGCCAUUCUCAUUCCGCCGCACAAGGAAUCCUUUAGUGCCGGUAUGCAACGCACCACGCUUUGCGUCAACAGUAAACGCACAGGGAAAGUGCUGUGGUGGUGACGUAGUUUAAAGAGCGGAAGAGAUACAGGGCGUGUGGGCACAAGGCUUUAUAAUAACACAAGGCUUUCAUCCAGGAGACCGCUGUUCGUGUCCCGUGUGUUACAUUUCACUUUCACGUUACAAUCAGCUGUUCGUUCGUAUCCCACGUUCACAACGUCAGGUCACAUUUUAACUGUGCAAAUGUAGUAAUUUGAAGCCCAACUACACUGUAUGUUUUUUUUCUGAAACCUAACUAAGUGGUUUUGUUGCUUAAUCCUAAGCAAGUGUUUUUGUUUAAUUCACAAAAUUAAGCAUGUGUUUGCGAGCGAAAAGUGGCACCGAGGGGUCUGACAAAUCGUGACGAGGUGGGAUGAGAACGUGUUGGAAUUGGACACUCUAAAUUGCCCCCAAUCAGUCGGCUUAAAAAAGACUCAAUAAAAAGAAAAGUUUUACCAAGUUUUUAGUUGGCAUUACACACAACAAUGAAUGAUCAAUGUGUAAGGACAGAAGGAUUGUUGGAGACAAAACGUUCAACUUGUGUUUGGUCAAUACUGGGUUUGACAUGUUUUAGAGCCACAGAGCCACUAGUGUGGCUUCUCUUUAGUGAUACUUAAAUCCAAAUUAAAUGACACACCAUGGAUGUAUUAUAAAUGCUCUACAUCCAUCAGUGACAAAAUAACAGUGAUUCAUUAGUGUCCAAAAUCUCAAUUUUUAUAUUAUAUAGGAUGUAGAGAACAAAGGAAGAAGUCAAUCAAACAUCCACAAAGAGACACGAAACGACCACUAAGGCACGAACAACGAAACGUAAAACGACUAAAAAGGGGCAAAACAACCAGAAAGAGACAAUUUGAGUCUUAAAACAUUUUACAAAUGUGUACCCCUUCUUUGAAUCUGUGCCUCCCCAUUUAAAAGUGUCUAAACCUGCUCCUGAUACUAAGUAUUAUAAUUGCAUUCCUAAACCACAGAACUCUGCUUAUAUUCCAGCAACUUAUUUUUGUCCUUACUUACAUUAUAUAUAAUUAUGUAUCUAUCUUGAUAUGGAUCCAAACUCUAUUUAUUUAUAUACGUUAAUUUAAUCUUUCAGUGUCAGUGUUCUGUGUGUCAGACUGUUUGAUCUACAUGGUGACGGCCUAGUUCUUUGGAGAGGAUGAGAACAUCAGACUCUCACCAAACAUCCAUUUCUCCAUCGACCACCAACUCAAGUCAAUAUCUCACACCGUCCAUCUCUGCUUCUCGAGUCUUUAUAAGAUCACUAAAUAGUGAUUUUUUUUCUUUAAAGAUAAGAGGUUUAGUUUGCUGCCUUUCAUCUCCCACCCAAUACUGUAUCUUGUCCCAACCUGACUCUCCUGUCACCACCUAAAACUAUUCCUUUCAGACUGUCGCGUGUCUGGCUGAGAGAGGGAUCAAUAUGCCUCCAAUCCCACUGAUCAAAGCUUCAGCCAGUGAUUCAUUCAUUAUUGAAUUACAUCCAUCUCUCUUCACUGACCUUUCCUUUUCUUGCUUGGUGUUUUCAUCCAUUCUUUACUCGGCAUCUUCACCAUUGAAUUACUAUUCGUCAGAGAUGGCCUGAAUUUGGAAACAAGCUUGGAUUUGGAUGAACAAGCUGCUCCAGUUAACACUGACUGGCAACACAAUGACUAAACCUGUCUUUCCAUCUGUCUGUCUAACGCAUUUUGAAAUGGUAGUGGGAGAUCUCCGCCAACUGUGACAUUUAACACUUUUUUAUCACAUUUUGGAAACCCAUGUACCAAGUGUACCAAUUUUUAAACUGAAAGGUCAAAACAGAUGAUUUUUCAUCAGCACUUUCUUUUACUUUAUUGCUUGUAAUGGACAUACAAUCUGGGAUAUAAGCUUUAAUGUGAAAUAUUAUGGCACACCCAAACGCCAUAAUUGCUAUCCUUCACCUCACUGUUUGAAAUAGGUUGCACAGUAAUAAGAGAUAUUCUAUUCACUGCAACAUCUUUUUACUGAUCAAAGCCCAAAAAAAUAAAAGAUCAGUCACUCCUCCGGCUUUGUCUUGAAACCUUCUUCGCCUCCUCUGGCCUCACUACUGCAUUUCUCACCACCAGUUCUUUGUUCCGCACCUCCUGAUUGCAAGCAUGUGCGUAUAUGCAUGUUCACAAAACAGCUGGUUGGGUAACAGAGAAACAAGUGACUAAUAUGUGUUUAUGUGUCACCUACACAAUGGUCUUUUCUAGAAGCGUGCAGCUUGAGCCAGUUGGGUGGAGGUGCUGAAAAAACAAGAAGCUUUUAUGUUAAGCCCCAUUAACUUUAACAUGUUUUUUACCUAAUGGUUUUAUAAUGGUUCAUAAUUGCAUUUUGCUACAUCUCCUUGCUUCCUGAUAUGAAAGAUAUUUUUUAAUUAUCAUGUUAUGUCAUGGCCCAGUUUUCUCUACUCAUGCAUCAAGUCCCUUUGCUCCCAACUCUUGAAAGGUUUCUCAGUUCAUCACUGCACCUCAUUUUUGUGGCUAUUAACUAAUAGGGGUGUAAGAAAAUAUUGAUACACUUGGCUAUUGCGAUUUUAUGUUUUGUGAUACUGUAUUGAAAAACACUAUUCAUUUUUAACAGUUUACAUGCAAAGAUUCGUAGCAGACAGUGGCUCAGAUUGCACAAAAAGUAGCGCUAUGAUGUUACAGGGGCUGCGAUAAAUGCAAAUGCAGAUCCCACUGUUCUGAUUGCAUAAAAAAGUACUUUUAAACGUUUUCUUACUCAGAUUCUAUGCAUAUGAUGGUGUGUUCUUUAUAUUAUGACGGUUUUCCUAAAAUUAUAUUUUAAAAAUCGCAAUAAAUCGCCUAGCUUACAGUAUCGCAAUAUAUUGGAUCGUAACCCUUGUAUUGUGAUACGUAUCGAAUCACCAGAUUAUUACCAAUACACAGCCCUAAUAGCUAACUAACUAAUUACAUCACUGACUG